AUGACGCUCUUAGUACUUAGUUUCGAUGUGGGACUCGUGGGGGUGUCUUCAGCGGUCGAUGCGUGCCCUGACAGGUUCUGGCGGGAGUUCCGAGGUGAUCUGUCAGACUCGGCCGAAUGCGCUGACUGGUCUAUCGGCACCGCGUGCCGGAGGUUGGUGUCCCUCGUUAGUGGUAGGCAUCUUAUCGAUUGGAUGAGUGUGAAUUGGUGGCGGCAUGCUGAUAGACGUUUGGGCAUGGCUCACUGA